GGGUGGGAGAAACCCUUCAGGUUCUCCAUUGUGCUGCUGGUUUGAAGAGUGAGCAGGCUCCUGGAAGGCACCAUGGAGAUGGCAGAGCAGUAUGUGGCUUUCCUUGGUGGUGUGGUGGUCUCAGCUCACCCAAGCAAGUGCCUGGAGAUCCUUGCACUCCUCUGGUUUGCGAUCUGGGUCGCUACGGCACAAAGUGAAUUGGAAACUUCAGUGUAUUUGUGGAAGACAGGUCCGUGGGGCAGGUGCAUGGGAGAUGAAUGUGGCCCCGGAGGCACUCAGACUCGAGCUAUAUGGUGUGCUCAUGUGGAAGGAUGGACCACCCUCUUCACAAAUUGCAAGCAGGCAGAGAGACCUGACAACCAACAGAAUUGCUUCAGAGUUUGCGACUGGCACAAAGAACUGUAUGACUGGCAGCUGGGCAGCUGGAACCAGUGUCAGCCAAUUCUUUCAAAAAGCAUUGAGAAAACAACAAUAUGUUUGAAUGGGGAAGAAGGAAUUCAGAGGAGAGAUAUUAUUUGUGUCCAAAAAUCAAAUGGUGUGGUAGUUGAGGACGCCAUAUGUGAAUACUUUGAGCCAAAGCCUCAGCUAGAACAGGGUUGCCUCAUUCCUUGCCAGCAGGACUGCAUUGUAUCUGAUUUCUCAGCUUGGACAGAGUGCUCUAAGAGCUGUGGCAAAGGGCUCUCCUACCGUUUUCGUCAUAUUGUAGCUCCCCCUCGGUAUGGAGGCUCUGCCUGCCCCAACCUGACAGAGUUUCAGGCUUGCAGCUCAUCCCCCUGCGCCACUGAAGAAAACCUGUACAGUCUGAGCGUGGGAUCCUGGAGUACCUGUUCAAUUCCUCACUUGCGGCAUGUCAGACAGGCAAGGAAACGUGGAAAGAACAAGGAGAAGGACAAGGAGAAAAACAUUCGGGAUCCAGAAACCCGGGAACUGAUUAAGAAGAAAAGGAAUCAUAACAGGCAGAACAGACAGGAGAAUAAAUAUUGGAACAUACAAAUCGGAUAUCAGACCCGGCAGGUGAUGUGCACACACAGGAAUGGAAAGACGGUUGCUUUGAGCUUUUGUCAACAAGAAAAGUUGCCAAUUACAUUCCAAUCAUGUGUGAUCACAAAGGAAUGCCAAGUGUCAGAAUGGUCUGAAUGGAGCCCAUGUUCCAAAACAUGUUUUGAUAUGACAUCCCCGAAAGGGUAUCGUACAAGAACACGGACAAUCAAGCAAUUUCCUAUUGGCAGUGAAAGUGAGUGUCCAAACCUAGAAGAAACAGAGCAGUGUGUAACUCAAGGAGAUGGAGUGACUGCUUGUAUCACAUAUGGCUGGAGAACCACAGAAUGGACAGAAUGUCGCAUUGACCCUUUACUCAGCCAACAGGAUAAGCGGCGGGGAAAUCAAACAUCUCUUUGUGGAGGUGGGAUUCAGACCCGGGAGGUGUAUUGUGUGCAAGCGAAUGAAAAUCUUCUCUCCUAUUUAAAUACACUGAAGGAAAAGAAAGAAAAUCAAUCCCAGAGAACAUCAAAGACUAGUGCUGCUCCACUUCUAUCCAUCACUUUUGAAAUAACAGCUUCUAAACCUGUGGAUUGGAAACUGUGCACAGGCCCUAUUCCCAGCACUACCCAACUGUGCCACAUCCCAUGUCCUAUAGAGUGUGAGGUAUCAGCUUGGUCAGCAUGGGGGCUUUGUACCUUUGAAAACUGUGAGGACCAGCAAGCCAAAAAGGGUUUUAAAUUAAGAAAACGUCGCAUCAAAAAUGAACCCACAGGAGGCACUGGCAACUGUCCCCAUUUGAUUGAAGCGAUCCCGUGUGAAGAGCCUUCUUGCUAUGAAUGGAAAAUAGUGAGCCUGGAUGAGUGUAUUCCAGACAAUGAGAAAGAUUGUGGACCUGGUACACAAGUGCCUCAAGUAGUCUGCAUCAGCAGCGAUGGAGAAGAAGUUGAUAGACAGCUCUGCAGAGAUGCUAUCUAUCCUGUCCCCAUUGUCUGUGAAAUUCCAUGCCCAAAGGACUGUGUUCUCAGCACAUGGUCUGGAUGGUCCUCCUGCUCUCACACCUGCUCAGGGAAAACCACAGAAGGAAAACAGAUGCGCACCCGCUCCGUCCUUGCAUAUGCAGGUGAAGGUGGCCUUCAGUGCCCAAAUAUCAGCAUGCUACAGGAAACACGCACUUGCAAUGAACAUCCUUGCACAGUUUAUCACUGGCAGACUGGACAGUGGGGGCAAUGCAUAGAAGAUACUUCUGUGUCUGCAUUCAACUCUUCCGCUGGUUGGAAUGGAGAAGCUACCUGUGCUGUUGGAAUGCAAACAAGGAAAGUCAUCUGUGUGAGACUCAACAUGGGACAAGUACCACCCAAAAAGUGUCCCGAAAACCUUCGUCCUGAAACUGUUAGACCUUGUUUAUUGCCCUGCAGGAAAGACUGCAUUGUGACUCCUUACAGUGAUUGGACAUUGUGUCCUUCUUUAUGUCAAGAAGGGUCAGUUGCUACUGUGUCAAAACAGUCUCGACAUCGAGUCACCUUGCAGCUCCCGGCAAAUGGGGGCCGUGACUGCCCAGAGACCUUAUAUGAAGAAAAAGACUGUGAUCCUUCUCCUGUCUGCUUGUUUUAUAGAUGGAAGACACACAAAUGGCGCCGAUGCCAACUUGUACCAUGGUAUGUUCGGCAAGACAGCCCAGGUGCCCAAGAGACAUGUGGUCCAGGUCUACAAGCAAGAGCUAUUACAUGUCGCAAACAAGAUGGCAGCCAAGUUGAUAUUGGUGAAUGCCUCAAAUAUGCAGGGCCUUUACCACCCUUAACACAACUCUGCCAAAUUCCUUGCCAAGAUGACUGCCUAUUCACAACCUGGUCAAAAUUUUCUGCCUGCGGUAUGGACUGUGGAUCAGUUAGAACAAGAAAGCGUUUGCUCAUUGGGAAGAGUAAGAAGAAAGAGAAAUGUAAAAAUCCUCAACUGUAUCCACUCAUUGAGACCCAAUUCUGCCAAUGUGACAAAUACAAUGCCCAACCAGUUGGGAACUGGUCAGACUGUAUAUUACCUGAAGGCAAAGUGGACAUACUUAUGGGAAUGAAAGUUCAAGGAGACAUCAAAGAGUGUGGACAAGGCUACCGUUAUCAAGCCAUGGCUUGUUAUGAUCAAAGCAAUAGACUUGUUGAAACAUCCCGGUGCAACAGUCAUGGCUACAUUGAGGAGGCUUGCAUUAUUCCAUGUCCAUCAGACUGCAAACUCAGUGAAUGGUCCAAUUGGUCGCGCUGUAGCAAAUCCUGCGGAAGUGGAGUGAAAGUCAGGUCUAAAUGGCUCCGAGAGAAGCCUUACAAUGGUGGAAGGCCCUGUCCUAAGCUGGAUCAUGUGAAUCAGGCUCAGGUCUAUGAAGUGGUCCCUUGCCAUAGUGACUGUGGUCAGUAUAUAGGAAUCACUGAACCCUGGAGUGUCUGCAAAGUGACUAAUGUGGACUUAAAAGAGAAUUGUGGAGUGGGUGUGCAAACCAGAAAAGUGAGAUGCAUGCAAAACACGGUGGAUGGUCCUUCAGAUAUUGUGGAAGACUAUCUUUGUGAUCAAGAAGAGAUGCCAAUUGGUGCUAGAAAAUGCAUACUGCCAUGUCCAGAAGACUGUGUAAUAUCCGAGUGGGGCCAUUGGUCUAGGUGCUCCUUGCCCUGUAAUGGAAGCAGUGUGAGGGAACGCUCAGCCAAGAUCUUAAGGCUGCCCCAGGAAGGAAAGGCCUGUCCUUCUACAAUGGAGACAGAGCCUUGUCAUCUGAACAAAAACUGCUAUCACUAUGAUUACAAUGUGACAGACUGGAGCACUUGCCAGCUAAGUGAGAAAGCUGUUUGUGGCAUUGGGAUCAAAACAAGAAUGCUUGAUUGUGUUCGCAGCGAUGGCAAGUCAGUUGACCUGUUGUAUUGUGAAAAGCUUAGUCUGGAAAAAACUUGGAAUAUGAAUACCUCCUGCAUGGUGGAAUGUCCUGUGAAUUGUCAACUGUCAGACUGGUCUCUGUGGUCUGAAUGCUCGCAGGCUUGUGGUCUAACUGGAAGGAUGACACGAAAGAGAACUGUUACUCAACCUUUCCAAGGUGAUGGCAGGCCUUGUCCUUCACAAAUGGAGCAGUUCAAGCCUUGCCCAGUAAAACCUUGUUAUCGAUGGCAGUAUAGUCCAUGGGAAGAAUGUAAAGUUGAGGAUGCCCAGUGUGGAGAAGGGACAAGAACUAGAAAUAUUUUCUGUGUGGUCUAUGAUGGAUCUAGUGAUGACAUUGGCAAAAAAGUCGAUGAAGAAUAUUGUGGGGAAAUUGAACCUAUGGUUGAUGGCAAUAAGAAACUUGUACUUGAAGAAGCUUGUACUGUACCUUGUCCAGGUGACUGUUACUUAAAGGAGUGGUCACACUGGAGCAUUUGUCAGCUGACCUGCAUCAAUGGGGAAGAUCUUGGUUUUGGAGGAAUACAGGUUCGAUCACGAGCAGUAAUUGUUCAGGAUGUAGAAAAUCAGCACCUUUGUCCAGACCAAGCUUUGGAGACAAGACAGUGUAGUGAUGGUCAUUGUUAUGAAUACAAUUGGAUGGCCAGCCCCUGGAAAGAGUCAUCUCGGACUGUAUGGUGCCAAAGAUCAGAUGGUUUGAAUGUUACAGGAGGUUGCUUAAUGAUGCACCAACCAGAUGUGGACAGGUCAUGUAAGCCAGCAUGCAGCCAGUCCCAUUCUUACUGUAGUGAGACCAGAAUGUGUGUUUGUGAACAAGGGUAUACAGAAGUAAUGUCUUCUAAUGACACACUUGAGCAGUGCACUCGCAUUCCAGUGGUAGUUAUCCCCACAGUGGAUCAUAAAGAAGAUGUGAAAACUAGUCGAGCUGUAAACCCCACACAGACACCUAUCACCACACCAGGACGAGGAAGAACUUGGUUCCUCCAACCUUUUGCACCAGAUGGGAAGCUGAAGACCUGGGUUUAUGGUGUAGCUGCUGGUGCAUUUGUUUUGCUCAUCUUUGUAAUAUCUAUGAUCUAUCUAGCCUGUAAAAAGCCAAAGAAGCCACAGAGGAGACAGAAUAACCGUCUGAAACCUUUAACCCUGGCUUAUGAUGGAGAUGCAGACAUGUAAAAUAGUUGUUUUCCAUUCUUUAAACUUUUGAAACAGUAGUAUUGAAAAACCGCAUGCACAUUGUGGACAUUACCAAACAGAUGUUACACAAGAAAAAGAAAAAGGAAAAAAAGAUAAGAUGGAUGGCCAUGGAUGGAAUCUUUGUUCUUGAUCACCAAUUGGUACAGCAAAUUCCAAUGGUCAUUUUCAGUUGUAAGCACAUCAGCUGGGCAUCUUUAUGCGGCACUCUUUGAAUCAUACGAACUAUAAAGCCACUUGCAUAUUAUGUUGAGAUUUGGGAGUGUUGAUACCAGAACAGUCUGCUGCAUUAAUCUAACUUUACUCAGUAAGCAUGGGAAGAUCAUACCAGAUUGUCUAUAAUGCUUUAUAUCCAAGGUAUAUAAUAUUCAGUUGCAUCAUAGGUAAAAAAAAUCUUUCAAAUGAUAUACUGGUUAAAAAUCAACUUAGUGUUUAGCAUCUUGUAAACUUUAACUGAGAAUAACAAACCAUUGAACAGGUUUUGGCAUUUUUGGGUGACAGGAGGCAGUUUUCUGAACUAGGCUUUUAAAGAGGUAAAGACUUGCAAAAUUCUUGUCUUUUUACCAGUCCCAGGUACGGAAGCACUACUACCACACACAUUUAUCAAGGAGUUAAGCAUCUUCAGGUUCAAAAAUUUUAUACAAGUUGUCUCAACAUUUAAUAUCUAUGUGUAAUACUUUUUACUUUCUCUAACUCUCAAACUGUUGCCUGGAACUUUUUUUGCUAUGGAUAAGGCAAUAUAUAUAUAUAUAUAUAUUUGCACUAUAUUAGUGCCGCAUGAUAUGCACUUAUUAAUGAGUAUUGCCAUAGAAACUGUCUCUUUUCAAUAAGGGUGAUGGUGAAAAUCCUGAUCAGACAGACAGUUGUCAGUAAAUUUUUGAUUCCUGAUAAAAGUAGAGAUCAGUUUCCAAAAUGUUACUGGAUAGACCAGCUAACACAACUACUGUUUAUAUACCAGUCUUGUAAAAGCAGCUGUUUUUUAGUCAAAAUGCUGGCAGUAAUGUAAGUGUCUACUUUCAGACUCUGGUGGACUUCUACAGUUAGUAGAUUUUCAAGUUGAUUUCUUAUUUCUUUGAAGGUUGUAAAUGACUAGAUUUUUAUAUUGCU